CGGAUAAACCCGGACGGAUUCAUCGUUGCUGCGACCAUUAUCAUUCUGUAGCUGAUAGUAUGAUACUUCUGUACUUCUGAUUCUGCAAGAGACAAGAAGAAAUUGGAAUCGAGAAAUGGCGAAAUCGAGUGCUGACGAUGAGGAGCUGAGGCGAGCUUGCGAGGCCGCAAUCGAAGGCACUAAGCAGAAGAUCGUGAUGUCGAUCCGUGUGGCCAAGAGCCGAGGGAUCUGGGGCAAAUCCGGCAAGUUAGGCCGUCAGAUGGCCAAACCUAGGGUUCUUGCUCUCUCCACAAUAUCGAAAGGUCAGCGGACAACUGCUUUUCUUCGAGUCUUAAAAUAUUCCAAUGGAGGAGUUCUAGAGCCUGCAAAAUUGUACAAGUUAAAGCAUCUGUCAAAGGUUGAGGUUGUAGGAAAUGAUCCCAGUGGAUGCACAUUUAUGCUGGGUUUCGAUAACCUUAGGAGCCAGAGUGUUGCUCCAUCUCAGUGGACCAUGCGCAAUAUUGAUGACAGGAACCGCCUUUUACUUUGCAUCUUAAAUAUCUGCAAAGAUGUAUUGGGUCGUCUUCCUAAAGUUGUUGGUGUAGAUGUUGUGGAGAUGGCUCUUUGGGCAAAGGAAAACACACCCUCGGUUGUUACUCAAAGGAACCUACAGGAUGGGCCAGUUGCAGCGACUGUGACUGAAAGUGAUUUGAAAGUGACUGUCGAAAAAGAACUUGUCUCCCAGGCUGAGGAGGAGGAUAUGGAGGCUCUUCUGGGCACUUAUGUCAUGGGUAUUGGCGAGGCAGAGGCAUUUUCUGAAAGGUUGAAGCGGGAACUCCAGGCUUUGGAAGCAGCAAAUGUGCAUGCCAUUUUGGAAAGUGAACCUUUGAUAGAUGACGUAUUACACGGGCUUGAGGCAGCGACAAAUUGUGUUGACGACAUGGAUGAAUGGUUAGGCAUCUUUAAUGUCAAACUGAGACACAUGAGAGAGGACAUUGAGUCGAUAGAAACCCGUAAUAACAAGUUGGAGAUGCAAUCUGUGAAUAAUAAAGGUCUCAUUGAGGAACUUGAUAAGCUUCUUGAGCGAUUGCGUGUCCCUUCGGAGUAUGCAGCAAGUUUAACAGGAGGUUCAUUUGAUGAGGCUCGCAUGCUUCAAAAUAUAGAAGCAUGUGAGUGGUUAACUGGUGCUUUGCGUGGCCUUGAAGCACCUAAGUUGGAUCGUAACUAUGCAAAAAUGCGAGCUGUCAAAGAGAAGCGAGCAGAACUUGAAAAGUUAAGAAGUACAUUUGUCAGGAGAGCUUCUGAGUUCUUGAGAAACUACUUUGCCAGCUUGGUGGAUUUCAUGAUAAGUGACAAGAGUUACUUCUCUCAGCGAGGACAGUUGAAGAGGCCUGAUCAUGCUGACUUGCGGUACAAAUGCAGGACAUAUGCUCGCCUUCUACAACAUCUAAAGAGUCUUGAUAAGAAUUGCCUGGGUGCUCUGAGAAAAGCUUAUUGUGGCUCCCUUAACUUGCUUCUUCGUCGGGAGGCUCGUGAGUUUGCAAAUGAGCUACGUGCUAGUACAAAAGCCUCAAGAAAUCCAACUGUCUGGCUUGAAGCAUCCACUGGUUCUGGUCAAAACUCGAAUGCUGCAGACACUUCUACAGUUUCUGAGGCUUAUGCUAAGAUGCUGACAAUUUUUAUACCACUUCUUGUAGAUGAGAGUUCUUUUUUUGCACACUUCAUGUGCUUUGAAGUUCCUGCACUUGUUCCUCCAGGAGGUCUUGUCAAUGGUAACAAAACUGCAUAUGACAAUGAUGAUGUCAAUGAUGAUGAUCUGGGGAUUAUGGAUAUUGAUGACAAUGACAGUAAAACUGGUAAAAGCUCAGCAGAGCUUGCAGCAUUAAAUGAGUCUCUUCAGGAUUUACUUGAGGGAAUCCAAGAAGAUUUUUAUGCUGUGGUUGACUGGGCAUACAAGAUUGAUCCUUUACGAUGCAUAUCAAUGCAUGGAAUUACAGAGCGCUAUCUCUCAGGGCAGAAAGCUGAUGCAGCAGGAUUUGUGCGUCUCUUGCUUGGUGACCUAGAGUUGAGAAUUUCUACACAGUUUAGCCGUUUCGUAGAUGAAGCUUGUCACCAGAUUGAAAGAAAUGAGCGCAAUGUUAAGCAGAUGGGUGUAUUAUCAUACAUCUCACGAUUUGCAACUCUUGCAACACGAAUGGAGCAGUACAUCCAGGGUCAAUCUCGGGAUUUAGUUGAUCAAGCUUACACAAAAUUUGUUAGCAUAAUGUUUGUUACAUUGGAGAAAAUUGCACAAACAGAUCCAAAAAAUGCCGACAUGUUUCUGUUAGAGAACUAUGCAGCUUUUCAGAAUAGUUUGUAUGAUCUAGCCAACGUUGUGCCUACGUUAGCCAAAUUUUAUCAUCAGGCAAGUGAAGCUUAUGAACAAGCUUGCACCCGGCACAUUACCGUGAUUAUUUAUUCUCAAUUUGAACGACUUUUCCAGUUUACUCGGAGAAUAGAGGAUCUAAUGUACACAAUCACGCCAGAAGAGAUUCCAUUCCAGCUUGGGUUGUCAAAAAUGGAUCUCCGGAAGAUGGUAAAAUCUAGUUUAUCUGCGGUUGACAAGAACAUUAGCGUAAUGUAUAAGAAGUUGCAGAAGAAUUUGACUUCAGAGGAACUGUUGCCUUCUUUAUGGGAUAAGUGCAAGAAGGAGUUUCUGGAUAAGUAUGAAAGUUUUGCUCAACUUGUUGCCAAGAUUUACCCCACAGAGACCAUUCCGUCGGUUGUGGAAAUGAGGGAACUUCUGGCUUCCAUGUAGAAAGAGUAUUCGGCUUGAAUGUUUCUUUUCAGCAAAAGGGUGGCUUGUUGUAAUCGUUAUUUUACUUCCGGCUUGCAUGUGGAGAGAGUUGAUCUUGAACGUUCCCUUUUCAGGAAAGAGGUGUUUUAUCAUUAUUUUCAUAUGCUUUUGCAUAUUUCGGGUGUUUCUCAUAGUCAGAAUAGGUUGUGUAAAACUCGCGCAUAAUUGUCACUCGAGAAGACGGAAUAUGCAUAUAUUAUGUGUAGCGUCCAUGUAUCUUGGUUUGUGCUUAGUGCUUUUCAUGGUCUAUGCAAAUAGUGAUUGCAUCAGAGGAUGUUUUCCUUCCUGCCCCGGAAUCUGUUUCUUCUGGAUGUUUUCAAUGAUUUGCACCCAUUCUUUAGUAUUGUAUAAUAUUGUAUUGAUUAUUGAAGGGGGUUCCAUUAGCUUUUCACGGUA